GAACGCUCCCAACAUGGCUGCUGCUGUGUAGUAAAGGCUCCGAAGCAGGUACAUUUGUAUUCGUGAAAAAGGCAUACUUUUUUAAAAGGAGAUCAGCAAGGACCUGAAAAUAAUAAAAGACCUCUACAUGACUGUUGCGAAGAGGAUCCAUGUGCUGCACCUGAGCAACAGUUAACCCUCCAAAUAAAAAUCCUACAUCCCAGAGUUCCCUGCUUCUCUCUGCGGGUCCUGCCGGCGUGGGCGUACCUCCUGUCACACUGGCAGAGGAGGCGGGGCAGGAGGUGUUGCCAGGUGGGGGACCAGGGCUGCACCAACCUGCCUUCUCCAUCUUCCUCCGUUCAUAUCUGAACCGCUUGAUCUGCAGCUUCCGCUGGCGGUGGGCUGAGAGGGAUCCGGCCAAGGUCCUCGGACGUGUGGUAUCUGACUGGGCUCUGCCAGGUGGCGUUGGCUGGUUGAGGAGCAGAGCAUGUUGAGUGGUUGUGGUUGCCAUGGAGCCACAGGAUAAGAAGCAGGAGGAGGAUGCUGUGACCCUGGGCCUGUCGACUGGCCAGGCUCUGCUGAAGCUCCGGGACCAGCUCAGCAGCCUGCUGGAGCAGCACCAGAGGGCUGCACACAGAAAAACUUCUGCACAGGAACAGUGGGUUAAUAGCUUCCUUUACCAUGGCAACCGUCACUCCUGCCUUCAUUGGCCAGGAGCUGCCCUCACUCUGCUGGUAGUGCUGGGAUUCUUAUUUUGCCAUGGCAGCCAGCCACAGGGCAGUUCUGGUAUAGAGCUGGUGAAUGCUGCAGCCCUCCUUCUCCUCUUCCUGCUGAACCUGCUGCUGGUCGGACGUCAGGAGAGGCUUAAGAGGAGUGAGAUGGUCCGGCGCCUCAAAGGCAUUAUAACACAGCUCAGCGACUACCUGUCAGGGUGCGUGGAUGAAGUGCGGUGGUCUCAGUCACUGUACCCUGACCUGUAUACCCCCUCGUCCCCAUCGUGGUCCCUUCACUGGACCUACCGUGACUCCCAGCUGGUUAACCUUCCUGUUAGUCUGCUGGUGGAAGGAGACAUCAUUGCUCUGAGACCUGGCCAAGAGGCGUUUGCAUCACUCAGAGGCGUUAAGGAUGAUGAGCACAUUGUGUUGGAGCCAGGAGAUUUAUUCCCCCCGUUCUCCCCUCCACCUUCCCCACGGGCCAAUGAGAAGCGAGGACCGCAGAACCCCCAGCAACACCGCCUCUUCAGAGUGUUCCGGACUCCAGUACUGGACACAGUCAGGAACAGUUUGGAGCUGGCGCUGUCUCGGCCAAUCACAGUGCUGGAUAAUGAGAGGUUCACAGUGCAGUCAGUCAUCACCAAGCUGGUUUGUCCCGUGGUGCUGGCGGCGUUCCUGCUGGUGAACACCAUCCGCUAUUUCUGUGAUGCACCCAGCCUCACCCCUACCUGCUACAAUUUCUUUCAACUUCAGGUGAUGGGUGCUCUGCCCAUCUUGCCCUUGCUCUUCCCGGUCAUGUGGGUGCUGGUGAAUGCGUUCGGAGAGGCCCGGGUCCUCGCAGAGUUCAACCGGGUGUCACCAGCUGGUCUGCUUGCUAAGUUCUCUGAGGACACUCUAAGCAGCUACACCGAAGUGGUUUCCUCCCAGGAGAUGCUACGUUGUGUGUGGAGACACCUGGUUGGCGUCUUAAAGGGACAGUCUCAGACACUGUGCUACACUUCCAGCCUCUUACACACUCUGGGAUCUGUCACUGUGCUGUGUUGUGUGGACAAACAGGGUAUCCUGUCGUGGCCUAACCCCAGUCCAGAGACCGUGCUGUUCUUCAGCGGACGGGUCGAACCACCUCACAACAGCCAGGAUGAUCUCAGAGACGACCUGUCUGUCAACUCCUACUGCCGAAUGGAGACGGAUGACGACAGGGAUGAGGCCCAGGAGGGGCAGGCUCUGCUCUGUCUACCGGCAGAGUCCUCCACCCAGCUGGGGGAGGGGCCCGAGCCGAGCGAGACCUCACAUGACACCAUUCGCUCAUCUGACACGGUCCGGCUUCGGCGUUCCUGCCAGCCCGCACACAGUCGCACCAAACACCACUCUGGAUCCAACGUGAGCUUCAGCCACGACACUGAGGGAGGCGAGGACGACCAGGCCCAGGACUUUGCAAUGGGCUGCCCAGAGGCGGAGGCAGAGGACUUUGUGUGUGACUACCACCUGGAGAUGCUGAGCCUGUCACAGGACCAGCAGAACCCAACCAGCAUCCAGUUUGAUGAUCUCUCCUGGCAGUGCCACCUGCCCUCCCUCAAGCCACUGGGCCUCAACAUCAUGCUGAACCUCUGCAACGCCAGCGUCACCCAGCAGCUCUGCCGCUUCUCUGACCACCUGUCCAACCUGGCUCUGCAGGAGAGCCACGGCUCUGUACUGCCUGUCUACGUACCCUGGGGGCUCUGUGAGCUCUCCAGGCUCAUAGGAUUCACUCCCGGUGCAAGGGAGCUGUUCAAACAGGAGAACCACUUGGCUCUUUACCAGCUGCCAUCUGGAGAGAAAACCAAGGAGUUCACCUCCCGCCACCUUCAUUACUUCACCAAACGCCAGCCUCCCAUGUCCCACCUCAUCUCUCUGUUCGUACGAGACUCCUCCUCCAAUAACAUCCAGAUGCUGUCACAUGGCUCGGCUGACCUCAUCCUGGAAGCCUGCACUGACUUCUGGGAUGGAACUGAUAUCUACCCCCUGUCGGGCUCAGACAGAAAGAAGGUCCUGGACUUCUACCAGCGGGCCUGUCUGUCAGGUUACUGCUCAGCCUUUGCCUACAAACCCAUGCAAGUGUCACUGUCAAGCCAACUCAAUGGGAAGUGUGUAGAACUGGCCCCCGGUCCCAGCCUCUUCUCUGGAGUGGAGCUGCCCUCCACCACCCCCAUCAAAUACAACUCCUGUAGGAACAGCUGGAGCUCAGAUGAGGGUAUAGGUGAGGGGGUGGAGCGUGAGGACUGCGUCCAGGCCCUGAGUGGGCAGAUCUUCAUGGGAAUGGUGUCGUCUCAGUUCCAGGCGAGGCUGGACACAGUCCGGCUUAUCGAUGCCCUGGUCACAGCUUGCAUCCGCUUUGUUUACUUUUCUAUGGAGGAUGAGCUCCGCAGCAAGGUUUUUGCUGAGAAGAUGGGUUUAGAGACGGGCUGGAACUGCCACAUCUCUCUGACCCCAAACGGAGACAGUCCCUGUGAUGGAGCUCCAUCCAGCCCCAGUCACGGUUCCCUGCACGAAGACCUGAACCAAGAUUCUCGGGAUGAAGCAGAAGGUCCUUUGCUGCCAGAGGAGGAAGCCCACUCUGACUUAGCCAGUUUCCAGCCCACAGACAGUGAUGUGCCCAGCUUCCUGGAGGACUGCAACAGGGCCAAGCUACCUCGUGGGAUCCACCAGGUCCGUCCUCAUCUGAAGAACAUUGAUAAUGUGCCUCUUUUGGUGCCACUCUUCACUGACUGCACCCCUGACACCAUGUGUGAGAUGAUGAAGAUCAUGCAGGAGAACAGGGAGGUUACAUGCUGUCUGGGAAGCUCCGCCAAUUUCCGCAACAGCCGCCUGUUCCUACAGAGUGACAUCAGCAUCGCUCUGGACCCUCUGUACCCGUCUCAGUGUUCGUGGGAGACAUUUGGCUAUGCCACCGGAGGAGGCUUCAACGGAGACGCUGAGGGUCUGUCUCCUCUGAGACUCUCAGGACAGCUCAACAGUCUGGGCUGCUCUGUCACCUUCCACCAAGGAGAGAGCGUCAGCAUGGUCAAGCUCAUAGAGCAGGCGCGACACACGACCUAUGGCAUCCGCAAAUGCUUCCUCUUCCUGCUGCAGUGUCAGCUCAGUCUGGUCAUCAUCCAGUUCUUAGCCUGUCUGGCUCAGCUUCCUCCUCCAAUGAACACCACUGACAUCCUCUGGCUGUCCUGCUUCAGCUGCCCACUUCUAAGUGUGUCACUUCUGGGGAAGCCUCCAGACAGUUCAGUCAUGGCAGUUGCCACAGGGAAGAACCUAGAUGCCAUUCCAAGAAAGACCCAGAACUACUUCCUUGGCUGUUUCCUGUUGAAGUUUGCUCUGACAGUGUGUGCCUACCUCUUGGCCUUUGGGUUUACACUGCAGGAGGUCUGCCUAAGCAGAGGCAACAACACCUUAGCUGACAACACCACCAUCACCUGCCACAUACUCACAGCCAGCUCUUCAGACGAGGCUCCUCAGUGGUUCAGUGAGCUGUCUAAUGGCCUGCUGCUGACUCAGAAGGUCAUGGCAGGGUUCCUCGUCUUACACACAGUGGUGAUCUCCCUCAGCUACGUCCACCGCUCUCAGCCUCUGUGGAGAAAGAGUCCGUUCAGCAAUACCUGGUGGUGUCUCACUGUACCUGUGGUCCUGCUCAGCCAGAUUGUUCAGGCCUCAGUGGAUUACCAGUUGUGGCGCGACCGGGGCAGCCUCCCGACCUUUAACCUUGGUGACAUACCGCUGCUAGCCUGGAUGCUGGUCUCUCUGUCCACGCUGCUGGUGGUGGUGGUCAACGAGGUGGUGAAGCUACACGAGAUACGGGUGAGAGUUCGCUACCAGAAGAGACAGAAGCUGCAGUUUGAAACAAAGCUGGGAAUGAACUCUCCAUUCUGAUGCCUUCCCUUUGAGGAAGCUGGUGUCAAGGCAAUACUGGGAACCAGUCAGUCCAUUCUGGAAACCAGGGACGGGCUGGUUGCAAACACUGCAGUGCCCUCCACGAACACCUCAGCCCAACAGCACUGCAGCCGUCAGGUGGAGCAGAUAUCAACCAAAUUGAACGGUGGGAGCUUCAUGACACAAGCUCCUUUCAGUUGUGUGAAGGGCAGGGAAAAGAAAAUUCCAAAGCGUUCAUUUCCACAGAAAAGAAGAAGAGCCAAAAAUAGACAACUAUUUAUUUGUCAGCUUUUAGUCCGUUUUAAAGGCAUGAGGAAUGUUUUAUCACUUCUGUUCUCCAUGUCUGAGAGAACCAUGAAUGGCCGCUCUCAUCUUUAGGAAUGCUUCAGGUUCCAAACAGUCCUCUAACAGCUACUUUACUUUGACAGGAUUUAGUUGUGAGCUUCAUUUUAGUGUCUAAUUCAACACGUUGAAUUGUGGCAUAUCAUCAGACCACUCCAGCCUUCAUUCAAUUUAACAUAUGUAUGUCUUAAUUUUAAAAAACAGAAACACAAAGGGUUGAAAAGGCUUUAUAUUGGGUUAUCUUAAUAGUUAUGAACUAAAUGAUCACAAGUAAAUUGUGUAAAAUAUAUAAAAGGAACAAUAAUUUCUGAAAUCAUUUAUGAAAGAAUUUUAUUUUUUUUAAAUUCCAUAUUAUUACAUUUAAUUUCAAAAUGUCCUUUUUCAGAACCCUGUUCUUAUUUCAUGUCACGUUUCAUGACAGUGGUGUUGUCUCCACCUUCCAAGCGUUCAGCCAGUCAGGCCCACCUGCCCGUUAAGAUAGCAAGCUCAGCAGCUGCUGUCAGAUGGUUGAGCUGUUGUUUAGUUAGCCCCUGUUUGCUUCAGGAACAACAGUGCUAAAAUUAUUCUCAGCUAUGAAGCUGCUGUUGUAGAUAAACACAGCACACAGACAGACUCUUAUUUAUUUAGCUCAACAAGGUUGCAGAUUUUACAUACCUAGCUGGCUAGCUAGGAGGGGUUAUUAGCUUGGUUUAUGAUAGAGUGUAAAGCACUCUUAGCUAGCUUUUGUUGACUGGAGCGAACACAAUGAUUGUCCACUUUCUCUUCACAGGUGUGUGCCAGGGUAACACUGAACUAACCACCCAAUGUUUAGUUGCUGCUGGCUCUUUCCUUGUAUGUAAAAGUCCAAGCUCACAAGCUAGCUUUGCUAGUUAGCCGGCUAGGUAGGUAACAUUUAGCAUACUUGUGAAACAGAGGUUUAAAAAUAACUUUAGUGACUUUGUUUUUGUGCUGUGUUUAUUUACAUCAGCCACUGUAAAGAUAUCUUAGCUCUGUUGCUGCUCUGGCUAACAGCUGUUGAGCUUUGUAGUUUAAGAAGCAGGAGGCAUGUGAUUGGCUUCAAGGUGGUGUCAACAUCACUGUCGUGAAAAGUGAUGAAGAAAAAAAAUGACAUGAAAUGAAAAUGUCAGUAUAAAGGGCAUUUCUUUAAUGAAAUAAAAAUUUUUUUCACAAACUCUUGGUUCAUAUAUAUAUUUUACACAGUUUGUUCAAAUGAUUACUUACUUCAUAAUAUCUUUUUAUUUAUUUAACAUUUAAUAUUCAGUGUUUAAUAUUGGAUAUUUCUGAUUCUCGGCUCUCUGGAACCUUCCUGGAUUUUCUGCAUUUCAGGCCUUGAGCCACAUUUUAAUCUUCACUCUGAAAGCCUGCGAGACAAUGUUCUCUGUUAUUUUAUUGUGUUUGUGUAACCAAUGUUCUCCGUUGUUAUUUCAUUUCUGAGAUAAGCCGAUGUCAGACCUGCUGUAACACAAUAAGGAUUGAAGAUUAAGGAUUUAAUUGGGUCGGUCACGUUUUAUAAACACAUAUCUGCGUUUGAAUAUGUUUAGACAUCUAUAAAAAAUGUGCCAGCAUGCUGCUUUGAACGCACACAGGUGGCUGUGUGGUGAUCUUAGCAAGUCCCUUCCUGAGUGAUGGUUUCACUGUAUAUAUAACAACGUUCAUUCUGGUAUCCUAACGUACCAGAGUCUUCUGAAAGGUGCUUCAUACUGUUCAGUUGCCUUCCUUCUCAGCCUGUCUGCCUGUUUCACCUCUUCUACACCUCCACCCAUUUCUUACCAUCUCAUAUUUGAUCUGCUGACCAGCUCCCACCACAGAUUAAGAUUCCUUUCACCAUAAUCCUGAAGUAUCCCCAUUAAUCUGCAGCUGUAUACGUUGUAUUUCCGACUGUGAUUGGUUCACACAGUUAACGUGGACCCUCAGCAGCAGACGUCUGUAUCACUGUUUUUUCAAUCAGACCAGCCGUCUGUGUGGUGCUGUCAUUAUUUCAGAUGGACAUGAAUUGAACAUUGCUCCUGUGUACAUGUGGGUUGGUGGUAUUUCUUGGUAGUGCAUUCAUUUAGAACUAAAUACCAGCUGUUUUUACACAUAUGGAAAGUCAUUGUUGUCAGUGCUGGAUUAGCCUUGUGGGGCAAAAAUGAGCCUUGGGGCCCCAAGUGAUCAAUUUUAUUUAUUUCCAAAAAAUGUUUUACAUCCCAAUAUAUAACCACAUUGAAAUAUAAAAUUAUAUAUAUAUUGUAAUGUUAUUCUUUUUUUUUUUUUUUUAACUUUUAUUACGCUGGCAUCAAAUGACGUUCACAUAUUACAUGUCCUAAGUUUACCUGAGGUUUUAAAAUAUUUCCCCCCUAAAAGAAAUAAUUGUCAGUGUGGAUUUUCUCCAUAUCACUCACAGCUGUUUCUAAACAAACCUGUAGUCCAUCAAGUGAUCGACACCAUGAACCUGGGCAUUUGGGGGACGCUGAAGUUCUGAGGUCUGUCCAGCCUGGACUGUUUUCUCCAUUGUUUUUGCUGGGGAUUUGGAGGGUCUAACCUCUGUGGAUUUCACAACUAAAAACAAACUCUUCAUUGAUAUUUUACAGGGUGAUUCCAGGGUUCAGCAUUUCCCCAGCAGAAUUGAAUCUCUGGUAGUGUGGAGGUUUUGGAACUAAAUCCAAAUGCUUGUUGCAACAUUCAAAUUUACAGACAAUAUAAGUGAAUGGUUAACUCCAUGUAUUUUUAUUUUUUUAAACAUUUUUUAUUUAUUUAUUUUUUUCAACGGUUUGUGGUGGGGAGACUUGGUCUUCUGACCUCAGCCCUGUUUAGCCUGUGUGCUGGCUUUUGUGUGUGUGUGUGUGUGUGUGUGUGUGUGUGUGUGUGUGUGUGUGCGUGUGCGUGUGCGUGUGCGUGUGCGUGCGCCUGCUUCAGUUAUUCCACGGCUACGAACGCUCUCUACAGUCACACCUUUAAAGUGGGGCUGUAUGUGAAUAGGUACUAUUAGAUUUUCUGCUUUUACAGCACUGAAGUACUCAUGAUCACUUUGUGGCUGAAACUACUGAAGAUGGUUGUUAG